AUGAUGCAGCGAUCCUUCUCGACCUCGGCGACGCGCGCGUGCUGGCUGGGUGACCAGCGCGUCGCCUCUCGCGUCCCUCGACUGGCGUCCAAGCCUCUGCCGAUAGCUUGUGGCCCGCAGGCAAUGGCAUCUUCGCACCACCUUGUACAGACCAAUGCAGAUUCUUCUGCUGGAACUUUCGCUGCUAAACGAAGCAUUUCGGAAGCGUUUGGAUUGCUGGCAGGGUCCACGGCUUCGGCGCGUACAGGUUUCCGCCAUCGACAUGCUUCGACGUGGUCUCGAGCCUCUACUCGAGGAUUUGUUAGUACCAGCUCGGCGCAAGAUCUGAAGCAAGAUGCAAAGGACAAGCUGGUGGAGGAAGGCAAGAAGUUUGCCAAGGAGAAGUUCAACGAGAAGCUGAAUGCAGAGGAGACCAAGCAGCAAGCCAAGAGCCUGUCCAGCUCGACGAGCAAGAUCCUCUUCGCCGCGCUGGCCGUCGCUGCAGUAGCGUACCAAUUCCUCGGUGGGGAGACACACGCUGAAGAAGCACGCAACCCCUCUUCCGACUGA